UAUAGCAACGUUGUUGUCGAGCGAAACAGUUUAUAUUUAUUUUAUGCACAGAGAACGAGGAGUAGAAAACAAAGAAUAGCGUACAAUCUAGGUGAUGAAUCGGGAAAUUAAAGAGUUGAGUAUGGAUGAAGAUAACGCAACCUUUGAACGCAACUUGAGCGGAUUUAUCUUAUCUGUAUUACAUGCUGCUUGCAGCGAAACGGAAUCAGAUGCAGUGUUAUUUCAACAAACAAUGGACACAGACACAGCGAGUAAAGAGGAAAGAGUAGCUUUCUUUGGAAAUGCCAGAGCCAAAGAGUUUGAGAGACUUACUGCAACAAUGAAAGAACAAAACGCUGAAGCAUUGGACACAGACACAGCGAGUGAAGAGGAAAGAAUUGCUUUCUUUGGAGAUGCCAGAACCAAAGAGUUGGAGAGACUUACUGCAACAAUGAAAGAACAAAACACUAGAACAGAGAACACAGAAACAGCGAGUGAAGAGGAAAGAAAUGCUUUCUUUGGAAAUGCCAGAACCAAAGAGUUUGAGAGACUUACUGCAACCACAAAAGAACAAAACGCUGAAGCAGAGAACACAGAAACAGCGAGUGAAGAGGACAUAAUUGCUUUCUUUGGAAAUGCCAGAACCAAAGAGUUUGAGAGACUUACUGCAACCACAAAAGAACAAAACGCUGAAGCAGAGAACACAGAAACAGCGAGUGAAGACGAAAUAAUUGCUUUCUUUGGAAAUGCCAGAACCAAAGAGUUUGAGAGACUUACUGACACAAUGAAAGAACAAAACGCUGAAGCAGAGAACACAGAAACAGCGAGUGAAGAGGAAAGAAUUGCUUUCUUUGGAAAUGCCAGAGCCAAAGAGUUUGAGAGACUUACUGCAACAAUGAAAGAACAAAACGCUGAAGCAUUGGACACAGACACAGCGAGUGAAGAGGAAAGAAUUGCUUUCUUUGGAGAUGCCAGAACCAAAGAGUUGGAGAGACUAACUGCAACAAUGAAAGAACAAAACACUAGAGCAGAGAACACAGAAACAGCGAGUGAAGAGGAAAGAAAUGCUUUCUUUGGAAAUGCCAGAGCCAAAGAGUUUGAGAGACUUACUGCAACCACAAAAGAACAAAACGCUGAAGCAGAGAACACAGAAACAGCGAGUGAAGAGGAAAUAAUUGCUUUCUUUGGAAAUGCCAGAACCAAAGAGUUUGAGAGACUUACUGCAACCACAAAAGAACAAAACGCUGAAGCAGAGAACACAGAAACAGCGAGUGAAGACGAAAUAAUUGCUUUCUUUGGAAAUGCCAGAACCAAAGAGUUUGAGAGACUUACUGACACAAUGAAAGAACAAAACGCUGAAGCAGAGAACACAGAAACAGCGAGUGAAGACGAAAUAAUUGCUUUCUUUGGAAAUGCCAGAACCAAAGAGUUUGAGAGACUUACUGACACAAUGAAAGAACAAAACGCUGAAGCAGAGAACACAGAAACAGCGAGUGAAGAGGAAAGAAUUGCUUUCUUUGGAGGUGCCAGAACCAAAGAGUUUGAUAGACUUACUGCAACCACAAAAGAACAAAACGCUGAAGCAGAGAACAUAGAAACGGAGAGUGAAGACGAAAUAAUCGCUUUCUUUGGAGAAGCCAGACGUAAAGAGCUUGAUAGACUUACUGCAACACUGAACACACAAGUCGACGAAGUAAUGUCAACACUGAACACACAAGUCUACAAAGUAGACAUUCAGAACGGUCAAGCCAAACCAAAGAUUAUUACACAGGAGAUUUCUUACAAGCAGGUCGAAACAGAGACACUAACAGAAGAAACAGCUAGUGAAAAGGACCGUGUAGCGUUCUUCCAAUCGGUUAGGGAUGCAGAGCGACAAAAACUUGUUGAAGCAUUCGAAAGAGAGAAAAAAUGGAAAGAAGAAAGAGAGGAGAGACGAGAAAAAAAAAGACAGGAACAGAUCAGAAAGAUGUUUGAGGAUUUUCAUAAUCCAGCAGUGUGUCCAUUAUCGGCCUCAUGUGAACCAGGUGGAUCAAUAGAGCAGUACCAUCUGUAUCCAAGCAGCAGCAAUACUGAAUAUAAUAUAAUGCUGAAAUCCUCAGUCUCAAAACUUCACGAGAGAGUGAAAGCUUUCACCGAAGAACAAAAAGAGCUCCAGCGAAAACUUGAACUAUCACAUGCCAUAAAAUCCAGAGCUGAUACAGAUGAAAAUAAAGAAAAUAGACACAUCAGCAUAAGAACAAGAAGUGAUGCAGAAAUACUUAAGGCCGACAGAACCAAUGACGUUAAGAGAACAAGCUCUAUCAGACGAUUUGUAAGCAGGAUAUUUAAGAGAAGCAAAUCAACGACAGCUGAUAUAAGUUCUAAGCCAGUAGAUCCAAAAGAAUUAAAGUUAGAUCUAACAUUGUUGGACGAGAACAAAGAGAAAGACCGUGAAGAAGAAGACCAACCAGAUACAGCAAGAACAUCGAACAGUGAGUGGUACACACUCAGUGAUACUGAAGAACCACCUAGGCCAAGACUUAAGCCAUUUUUUACUCCAUUAAAAGAAACAAAUAAGACAACAAUAUCAAAGUCUACCAGUCAUAAAGUUGCUGAAUCAAUGAACCAGUUCCUGCUCAAUGAACCAACCAAAUCAGAUCCGACUGAAAUACCAGUUCACAAUGGUUCUAUCGGUAGAUUUCAGCGUUUUAGGAAACAGUUCAAACGACUUUUCUGCUGCUGUUGUAACCAGAAUGUUAAAGACAGGGAUACAGUUUGUUCUUGAUUUUUUAUGAGAUUCGAUUUUUUUUUUGUUCACCUAUUUAUUUGUUCAAUUUUCUUUUGUUCACUUUGUUAAUUGUUUAUUUUUUUCU